GGCGGAGAGGAGUAAUGUGAGGUAGGAGGCAGGCUCCCUGCUGUAGUGAGGGUACAGAGAUGUGUGUCAUCAGUACAUUUGCUUCCCGCAGGAGGGGCAGGCACAGCACUGGUAGGGUCCCCAAGAUGCCUGGAAUGGUGAUGUUUGGGAGACGCUGGGCUAUCGCUAGUGAUGACUUUGUUUUUCCGGGAGCCUUUGAACUUUUCAUCAGAAUGAUCUGAACCCAGUAUGCCAUUGUGCUAGGUGUAUGAACAGAACAAAAAGACGUUCCCUGCUCCGAAGAGCUUACAGCCUAUAAAACAAGAGACAGAUAGAUACAGACAGACUCAAGUGUUCUGCCUGCAGCCGUUCCCUCCUGGUGACAGCAGGCUGAAGGCAAAGCUGAUCAGUGUCCGAUUAACUAUUGACAAGUGAUUUCUAGUCCUCUAUAGAGGAUAGUGUGAAUGUUAGGAUUAUUUUAUUUUAAAUGUAUGUUAAUUUUCAUGCGAAUUGGAGUAGUCUUUGGGCUUCUUAGGAAAUUGCUAUUAUGUAACUGUAGAUUAUCUUGUUGAUUUUUAUAACAUGCCUGGGAAGCUGCUGAGUUGGUAUGUUAGGAAUAUUUGUUUAGAUGUGACCUGAGACUGUCUGGUUCACUUGGCAUUUUAUCACAUGGAAUCAAGUAUCAGAGGGGUAGCCGUGUUAGUCUGGAUCUGUAAAAGCAGCAAAGAAUCCUGUGGCACCUUAUAGACUAAUAGACGUUUUGGAGCAUGAGCUUUCGUGGGUGAAUACUUCUGACGAAGUGGGCGAAAGCUCAUGCUCCAAGACGUCUGUUAGUCUGUAAGGUGCCACAGGAUUCUUUGCUGCUAUUACGUGGAAGUGAGAGAGAAAUGGAGGUUUUUUUCCUAUCAUGUAUUGAUAACCCGGGUUUUCAUAUUGAGAAUGAGACGUAAUGUAACUUUUGCAUGCUGUACUAAAUUAAUACCAUACUACAUAGUAAUCAUUUGCUACUACUUCAAGAUGUGGCUGCAUCACUUAAACUGAUAAACUUCACCCAUCAUUGAAGUGCUCUGGGAUCCAUCUGAAUGAAAGAUGCUAUAAAAAAAGGAGGAUAUUGUUGAACUUGUCUCUGUGGUUAUUGCAAUAUACUCUACUGCAGUAUUUACAUUCUGUAAGUUUCAUUGUGGGAAUACUCCCCUUUUGUGAAUUAUUUUUAAAUGAAGGUAGAUAAUUUUUUAUGUCUGAAUUAGCUUUGUGGUGAAGUAUGUUUCUUCCUAGCCGUGACAACUUAUGGUACUGUUUUUCUGCAGGUGGAUUGGAAUUCUUGUUUUGUACUCCGUUCACAGAGGGAAAUUUAACUGUACUGGAGGAGGAUUGUUGCACAGCUACCUGCUUGUCCUCCUCAUUCUCCUGGCUGCCAUAAUAUGUGCUGUAUCUGCUAUUGUGUGUGUCAGUAUGCAAGGAACAAUUUCUAACCCUGGGCCAAGGAAAUCUCUUCCUAAAUUGCUUUAUACUCGGCUAGGUCUUUAUAUCCCAGAAUUGGUCUGGGCAAUUGUGGGAGCUGUAUGGGUGUCGGACACCGAUGUACGUUGCGAAAGGACUGUGGUAAAUGUCGUAUUUGGGACAGUUAUUGCAAGCUGGGUUAUCAUCAUCUUUACCAUCGUUGCAGUUGUAAUUAUCUUUGAUCCUCUUGGGGGGAAAAAGACACUGUACCUGGCCGAUGAUAUAAAUCGCAACUUGGAAAGCAGUCAAUCAGGUCAAUUGUUUUAUAAUGUCAAGAAGACCGCAACCAGAGUCUGGGAGACGAGAAUCAGGUUACUGUGUUGUUGUAUUAUGCAAGAUGAUGAUCACCGAGUGGCUUUUACAAGUAUUGCAGAGCUUUUCCGCACCUACUUCUCAGACACUGAUCUGGUGCCUAGUGACAUAGCAGCAGGCUUGACUCUGCUCCAUCAAGAGCAAGAUAAAGUGGAAAACUGCCCAAAAGAGCCUGAAGAAGUCCUGUGUCAUUCCCACCCAUCCCAUGUGACUGAUGAUUUGGAUAUUGAAUUAGAAAAUGCUGCUCACUACAUGCAGUUUGCUGCAGCUGCUUAUGGAUGGCCUUACUACAUAUACACUAACCCAUUUACUGCACUCUGUAAGCUUAACGGUGACUGUUGCAGAAACAGCCCAACAGAUUUUGAUAUAAUUGGCGGUGAUCGUCUUAACUUUCACUUUGGAUCCAUCCUAAAAAUAACAGGGCUACAGUACAGAGAUUUCAUUCAUAUCAGCUUUCAUAACAAGAUUUUCGAGAUCCCAUUUUUUGUUGCUUUGGAUCACAAAAAGGAGGCUAUUGUGGUUGCAGUGAGAGGAACCUUGUCUUUUGAGGAUAUCCUCACUGAUCUGUCGGCAGAGUGUGAAGACCUGACGCUUGAAGACGUUCUGGAAAAUGGUUUUGUACAUAAGGGGAUAACUCAAGCAGCAAAUUACAUCUACAGAAGGCUAAUAAAUGAUGGCAUUUUAAACAAGGCUUUCACCAUUGCUCCUGAAUAUAAACUAAUUAUAGUUGGUCACAGUUUAGGUGGUGGAACAGCUUCCAUAUUGGCCAUCAUGCUUAGAAACUCCUUCCCAACAUUAAGAUGUUAUGCCUUUUCUCCUCCAGGAGGAUUGUUAAGCAAAUCACUUGCAGACUACUCUAAAUGCUUCAUUGUGUCAGUCAUUGUUGGAAAGGACCUUGUUGCAAGGUUAAGUAUGCCCAACAUGGAAGACCUGAAGAGAAGGAUAGUGAGAAUAGUUGCUAAUUGUAACAGGCCGAAGUACCAGAUCCUGCUGUAUGGGUGUUGGUAUGAAGUGUUUGGAGGAGAUCCAGAUAACUUCCCAACUGAGUUAGAUGGUAGAAGUCAAGAUGCCCUAACCCAGCCUCUUCUAGCUGAAGAGAGUUUAAUGAUGCAUCGGUCACCAUCUUACAAUGCCCUUGCGGAUGAAUCUCCUUUAGAUGCUCCACCUCAGUAUCCUCAUCUUUAUCUCCCAGGAAAAAUCAUCCAUAUUGUAGAAGAAACCAGCUCAAGAAGGUGCUGGUCUUCUGAUGUUAAAUAUACUGCAAGAUGGUCAAAAGAAACAGCCUUUAGCAAUAUUUUAAUAAGUCCCAAGAUGAUAACGGAUCACAUGCCAGAUGUUGUGCUCAAAGCCCUGAACAACUUGACUGAGGAAAAAGCAUCUUGUAUUACCUGUCAAAUAGAAGGAGACUUUCACACCAACACAGUAUGACUAAGAGAACAGUCCUACUUUUUUUUCUUUAGGCUUCAAGUAUUCAGGAGCCUUUAACCCCAGACUUAAGUGGUUGUGUGCGGUUUUUUUGUUUGUUUUUUUUACAUGCCUAAAAUAGAAACUGUGGAGGGAUUGUCUUGGUGAUGGUCAUAAUGCAAAAUGCAUUUUACUCUGCAGAGGUUCUGCAAAGGUAAACAUUACUGGCUAGCUGUAAUAAGAUAGUUUAAAAUGAAUGUAUUCAGGAUUUUGACAGAAGCAGAUAUGACCUUUCUGGAAAUGGAACAGUAAGAUGAGUCUUAGCCAGUUACAUGUAAAUUACUGUACAUUUCAUUUUACAGCUUGAAGGAUUCGGAUAAACUGAGAACACAAUUCAUAGGGAGAUUGAGCUAGAGCAGAGGAACCUUGAGACCUAAAUUCUAAUUCUAGCUCUGCCACAAACUUGCUAUGUUAUCUUGAGCAUGUCACUUAACUUCCAUUGUGCCUCAGUUUCAGAUGUGUAAAAAGAGGGUAUUACCCAUCUUUGCAAAGCAUUGAGAUUCUUGGGUGAAAGGUGCUUAUGUAAAAGCACUGUAUUAAUAUUUAUUAGAAAUGGACCUGGCCUGUAGGCAGUUUCAUUAAAGGAAAUUGGGUAGUAAAUGAUGGUGCACUUGCAAAUCUAGUGCAAAGAGAGAGAGAGAG